AUGUACAUCUCCUACGUUUUUUUUUUCUCGAACUUACCUUUAUGUAUAUCAAUAAAAGCAGAAAAUAUUUAUAUAUGCGUCGCCUUUAUAAGAAAACUCUACAAUAAUCUAGAACUCAUGCAGUUAAACGAGAACCCGCCAGAACCAAACAUGUCAGCCAACGUACAAGAAGCUGCGGAUGCAGCCAUAGAGCCGGUUAGCUUCGUUAGAGUCCCAGCACCUGAACCACCAACUAGUUUGCAACAGUUGAUCCAUGAUUGGCAAUUAAUCAAGCAUAGAGAAGGUGGGUAUUUCAAGGAAACAGAUAGAUCUCCCUCAACCAUGGAGUUGGAGAAGCCGCAAAAGGGAGAUUCCAGCAAGACUGAAACGGUGAUAAGGAACCAAUCUACGCUUAUUUAUUACUUGCUAACUCCCGACAGCCCAAUUGGGAAAUUCCACAAGAAUAUCAACAGAAUCACCCACAUUUUGCAAAGAGGUAAGGGCCAAUACGUGCUGGUGUACCCUGAUGGUCAGGUGAAGUCAUUCAGAGUCGGAUUUGACUAUAAAAUUGGAGAAGUCUCCCAAUGGGUCGUCCCCGGAGGUGUUUUCAAAGCAAGUUUUCUUGUGCCAAACGAAGAAUUUCACAACGGCCUGUUGAUAAGUGAAGUAGUGGUACCAGGAUUUGAUUUCGAAGACCACACCUUCAUGAAGGGUGAAGAUGAGUUGAAGACUAUUGUUGGACCUGAAAAAGCGGCCGAAUUGGCAUUCUUAGCUUAG